AUGGCUAAUGGGAUUGCUGAAUCAUUUAACUCUUGGAUUGCAAUUGAGCGUUUGAUGCCAGUCUACUGUAUGCUUGACCAGACAAGAAUUAAACAAAUGGAGAUGGCGGGUAAAAGGAGGGAAGAAGCAGAACGCUGGACCACAGAACUAACUCCCAAAAUGGAGGAAAGGUUGAAGGUGCAGAUGGAGAAAUCUCGUCGCUUCAGUGUCCAUUAUUCAAGUCCUGGAGUUUAUGAGGUUCGAUCUGACUUUUCAUAUGUUGUCAACAUUUCCGAUCAUGCGUGUUCAUGUGUUAAAUGGAAGAUCAAUUGUUUUCCUUGUCCUCACGGCCUUGCUGCAUUACAAGCUGCCUCUGAAAAUGUAUAUGAUUAUAUUGAUAAGUACUUUCAUGUUGGUAUGUUCAAGAAGAGCUACAGUUUUCCUAUCCAUCCGAUAACCAAUGUUGAUAUGUCUUCCUCAGAUUCUGCCUCUGAAUGUAUAUUACCUCCCCUUGCGAAGAGGCCACCCGGGAGGCCUAGGGUGAAGCGGUUCAAGUCGGCCGGAGAGGUUGAAAAGAAGCUGAUUCGUUGUGGUCGUUGUGGAAAAAUGGGCACUCAUAACAAGUUGAGCUGCACUGAACCUCUAGUUCAGCAGUAG